UUAUAAAUCUUACUCCAAUUAAUUGCAUUCACCUCACUUUAAAUUGCUUGACUUUUCUCAUUUUUCUCACACACAAAAUUGAUCAAAUUUAGUCGCCAUGGUUCAGAAGACAAAGUUCCGAGGAGUCCGACAGCGGCAUUGGGGCUCUUGGGUGGCCGAGAUCCGCCACCCAUUACUGAAGAGGAGGGUGUGGCUGGGGACUUUUGAGACGGCGGUGGAGGCGGCGAGGGCGUACGACGAGGCGGCGGUGCUGAUGAGCGGCAGAAAUGCCAAAACAAACUUCCCGGUUCCGGCAAGCGUUGAAGAAAGAGGCAGCACUGAGUUGCCGACUUCUUCGUCCAUUAUCAGCGAGAAGCUUCGCAAAUGCUGCAAAUCGCCCUCGCCUUCCGUGACGUGCCUCAGGCUCGACAACGAGAGCUCCCACAUCGGAGUCUGGCAGAAACGGGCCGGGUCAGAAUCCGAAGCCAAGUGGGUCAUGACCAUUGAGCUCGGCAAGAAGGAGAACGUGAAUGACGAACGGAGUGGUGGUGCUGUGGACGAGAGGGAUGAAGAGGAGAAGAUUGCAUUGCAAAUGAUUGAAGAACUUAUGAAUUACUAGUUAUUUUAUUUACUUACUUAAUUACCUCAUCAAUUGCAUGUUUUUUUUCUUCUAA